AUGGUUACUGUCAGUGUAGAUGGUUCUGUGCUUGAUCGAAUUUCUAAAAUUAUGUCAUAUUUACAUCUUGGAUCUUCUGGGAAGGUUCUUAAAAAGAAAACGAAGGAUAGAGAUGUAAAAGGAAUGAAAGUAUAUGUAACUGAUGAAAAGGAGUUGAUAAUGGAACCAACAUUAAGAUGGGCUGGAAAUCCUAACAUUAUGGUUGCAGUUAAAGCGUUUGGUUUGAGAGCCACAGUUCGGGUUAUUGAUCUGCAAGUAUUUGUUCAUCCACGUAUUACCCUGAAGCCUUUGGUUCGAGAAUUUCCUUGUUUUGCAAAAAUACUUGUUUCCCUUAUGGAGAAGCCACAUGUUGACUUUGGAUUAAAAGUACUUGGUGCAGAUGCUAUGUCCAUUCCUGGCCUAUAUGGGUUUCUCCAAGAAAUGAUUAAAGAUCAAGUUGCAAACAUGUAUUUAUGGCCCAAAUCUCUAGAAGUACAAAUUAUGGUUCCAACAAAAGUUUCGAGGAGACCUAUUGAAAUUCUGAAUGUAAAAGUGGCGAGGGCCUUGAAACUUAAAAAGAAAAAUUUUAUGGGUGGAGCAGAUCCUUAUGUUAAACUUAAGUUGACUGAGGACAUGCUUCCUUCAAAGAAAACAACGGUGAAGCAUAAAAAUUUGAAUCCCGAACGAGGAAUUUAA